CGUCACGGAGACCCAGCAGAGGCAGGAUCCCCCAACAAAGAGUCAGAUAUCUCAGCGCAGCCACGAAAAUAGACUUUCUAGCGCAAACGUCUGCAUCCCAGCCAUGACCUUAUUCCACGUGUUUUAACAUUUCUUCGCUUUUUUUUUCACUUUGAAUGCCAUUUUCCCCCCUUUAUCUGAAACAGAACGAGCGUUUCCUCCUCCACCGAAAUCAUUUUUGACGUCUGGUCGUGGUGACACAGCGAGAGAGGAUCCUGUGCAACAGCUGGGAAAUUUAUCCACUCCACUAUAUGGAUAAGGAAUAGUAUCCGCCUGCAGCUGUACUCAGUCUGAUCUCAGAAGUUGCUCUGCUAAAAGGGGAAAAUGAAAUCCGCUGAAGAAGAUGCAUAUGGCUACACGCCAAACGUCAGUCUCUCCCUCCCACUGGGCAACCCUUGUCUUCCUUCCCAGUACCACAGCCUGCAGUCCAGCCCUGCCAUAUCUGUCUCUGUCACCGAGCCUCACAGUUAUGACUCCCAGGAUGAUAUGAGAGCGGCUGGGUACUAUUCCUCCACGAGCGUCCGGCCAAAUGGGGCCCCGACCUUGGAGAGCCCUCGUAUUGAGAUCACAGCCUACGGUCAGUUUCCUGAGGACGAGGUGGAGGAAAGCAACCUUCCUGUUGCUAAGCGAGUCAACUCCAUAGUGACACUGACCCUCCCCAGUGCAGAUGGCUAUCGUGACCCCAGCUGCCUGAGUCCAGCCAGCAGCGUCUCCUCUCGCAGCGGCCUGUCCGACGCAUCCUCCUACGAGUCAAACUUCUCCUACAACUAUGACAACUCGCCCCAGAACUCCCCCUGGCAGUCUCCGUCCGUGUCCCCCAAGGGCUCCACCCUCGCCCUCCCCGGUGACGGCUGCGCCUCCGGUGGCUCUCCUCGUCACUCCCCCUCCACGUCCCCUCGCACAAGUGUAACAGACGACACCUGGAUGGGACAGCGUGGCUCCAGGCCCAAUUCCCCUUGUGGUGCAAAGAGGAAGUACAGCUUCAAUGGCAGCGGAGCGCCACAAAAGCACUUCCCUUAUUCACCCAACCACUCCCCAGGUCUGUCCCCACAGACGUCUCCUCGCCUCAGUGUCACCGAGGAGACCUGGCUCCCAAACACCAACCAGUACACCAACUCAGCCAUCCUGGCAGCCAUCAACGCCUUGACCACAGAUGGAAUGACUGACCUCGGAGAGGGAAUCCCCAUGAAGGCUCGGAAAACCAGCCUGGAGCCCAGUCCCACCGUCAGCCUGAAGGUGGAGCCUAGAGGUGAGGAGCAGAGCCCUGGGGAGCUCUGUCAGGAUGAGCACCCUGCAAACCGCCUCCCCCUGAAGAAGGAGGGCUACUGUGGUGGGUUUCUGGAUGUACCACAACACCCAUACUCCUGGUCAAAGCCCAAACAAUACGUCAGCCCGUCUUUGCCAGCUCUCGACUGGCAGCUGCCGUCCAGCUCCGGGCCGUACAGCCUGCAGAUCGAAGUGCAGCCCAAGUCCCACCACCGAGCCCAUUAUGAGACCGAGGGCAGCAGGGGAGCAGUGAAAGCUCUGGCAGGAGGACACCCGGUCAUUCAGCUCCAUGGCUACAUGGAGAGCGAGCCUCUGACUCUGCAGCUGUUCAUUGGCACAGCUGACGACAGGCUGCUGAGGCCACACGCCUUCUACCAGGUCCACCGCAUCACAGGCAAGACGGUGUCCACCCCGAGCCACGAGGCCAUGCACAACAACACCAAGGUGCUAGAGAUCCCACUGCUGCCAGAGAACAACAUGCGGGCCAUAAUUGAUUGCGCAGGAAUCUUGAAGCUGCGUAACUCGGACAUAGAGCUGAGAAAGGGGGAGACCGACAUCGGGCGCAAGAACACGCGUGUGCGGAUGGUGUUCAGGGUUCACAUCAACCAAAACACGGGGAGAACGGUGUCUCUGCAGGCGGUGUCGAACCCCAUCGAGUGCUCUCAGAGAUCAGCCCAAGAGCUGCCGCUCGUGGAUAAGCAGAGCCUGGAGACGUGUCCCGCCCCCGGAGGGGAGAGGAUGCUCCUCGAUGGACACAACUUCCAGCACGACUCCAAGGUGGUGUUCGUGGAAAAGGCUCAAGAUGGUCACCACAUCUGGGAGACUGAGGCCAAAGUCGAGAGAGACGUCUCAAAGCCUAAUUCACUUCUUGUUGAAAUCCCCCCCUACCAGAACCAAAGACUCUCCACUCCCGUCCACGUCAACUUCUACAUCUGCAACGGCAAGAGGAAAAGAAGCCAGUAUCAGCGCUUCACCUACGUCCCUGCCACCGUUCCAACAAUAAAGACGGAGCCUCGCGAUGACUACGAUGCUCCUCUGAUGUGCACCCAGCAUGGCCCUGGCUUGUCCUUGCUCCCAAAGCCAUACUACCCCUCGCAAGUCAUGACCCCAGUGAUGACCUCUGACCUCAGGCCAUGUGUAGUUGGCGGGCCUUACUCUGGCAGCCAGCAGAAACUUGCAGCCAAGCCCCCCUCCUCCUCCUCACCACCGAGCACCAGCCCUAAACAGCACGAUCUCGCACCCUCGCCCUUCUCCAAGUGCCUCCCUGGAGGCCCGGCCGUCCAGCAGCCGGGCUCACAGUCCCCGAUCCCACACGUCUCCAUCAUCCAGGAGACUCCCGGGCGCUACCAGCCACCGAACCUCUACCCGCCCAGUAGCUCCUCUUCCUCCCCAACCUCACAGGCCUCCACCCCGACUGACGCCGCCUUCUCUCCAACCCACUGCAUGACAGCAGCGCAGCCGGUGAGCGGCAGCACCAGCCCAACCGCCCAGCAGCACCCCAAGGUGCCGGAGAGGGGUCGCUCCUCCCUGCAGGAAGAUGGCAGUCCCUCAGCACUGGCCGUCAGCAUCAAACAAGAACCACAAGAGCUGGAUCAGAUGUACCUUGAUGAUGUAAACGAGAUCAUCAGGAACGACCUGUCGAGCAUCUCCGUACACAGCCACGCGUAGUUUCCCGUCGCCGCCGCCAAAACUUUUUGAAGGCAACUUUAAAAAGUGAAGCUCCAAACGAAUCUGACAUUAUGCUCCACAUGUUUGGACUGCAGCAUGCAGGAAGCAGCGAGGAGAACAAUUGUAAAUGUCUUGUCCAGAUGACCAGGGUCCAACGUGUGCCUUGUUUUUCAUAUAUAAUAACUUUACAUAGAAAAUACCCAAGGUAUAGAUUACAUGACUGACAUGUAAAUUAAGUAUGUAGCAGCCAAACCUGCCAUUUCCAACCUUUACGGCAAAGUGUGCUUUUAGAGGACCAAGAUUUGCUUUCUGUUUUUAUUUUAUUUCACUUUAUUUUUUGUUUGUUUUUUGCUGCGGUUUGUAAAUGAGUCAGUGCCUAUGAGUUAUGUCAUUUGUAUAUAAAUUUGUAUGUGCAAUGCUUCGGUUUGCAUAUCUGGCUUUACAGAGAAACCAUUUAAAAGACAAGUGCCUUUUUGACUGGAAGCAAAAAGACAUGGCUUCACAUAUUCAACCUCAAAACUUCAAAUUACAUUUAUUUUAGGGCGGCUUAAUGUACAUUCUCCUGAAUGGUGCAUACUGUGGGUAAAAGUGACAAUUAAGGGAUUAUAGUAAAAACAGAAAGAUGGAGUAACAGUGUAACGUGCAUGUGAUGUCUGUCUGGAGUUCAGCCUUUCAUUUGGAAGUGGGAAGUUGGAAGUUUUUUUCCCAACUGUUCAGACAUAACUUGUUUGCAGAGAACCAACAACAAGCACUUAUCCUCUAAAUUAGUGGUAUCUCCCGUCAGUGUUUCAUUAAUGCAGGGGUGGAGCGAGGACAACCAAAGGUGAAGUCCAAAUACUUUAAAAAGGAGGCACUGUAGUCCAGGAUGGAUUGAAGCUGUGUCCCAAAAAAUUUGUGGUCAGCACUCUGAACCACAUUAUGGCAGCUGCCACGAAGCUGACAGCAGCAGCAGCCACCUGAGCAGGUCCUAAUGAAGCUCCUGGUGCAGUUUCUGCGCUGAUGUUAAUGGAGCUCUGCGGUUACUGAGUCAGCCGAGCGUUGGUGACUUUCCCGCCUGUGCGCCUCAGGACUCGGCGACCCCGUCUGACACUUUGUGCCUAACUUUCUGUGGGUCCUAAACACUUUGCAAUAAUACCACUUACAGCUGACAGUGAGCUUACAGUGAACGACCCAUUCUUUCACCAGUGUUUUAUUUUAUGCACCUGUGACAGAGGGACUGAAAACACCUGAAUUCAAAGUGUCCCAGUACUUUCAUCCAUAUAUUCCAUUAUUCAGAUUAGUUCUGUAUGGCCAAAAAACAAAUUAAAAAUUGGGUUUCUGCCUAAAAAGCUUGGAUAAAUAAUUAUUUUAGCCCUCCAUUAAAGUGGAAAGGCUCUCAGCUCAUUAAAGAAGUAUGUGAGUAAUCACAGCACUGGAGUUACAUUUAGUAACUUCUAUUUUUGUAAACAUUUUGCUACCACCGUGCACAGUUUAAUAGCUCAUCCAUCAAUUUAAAUUGUAAUAAUCUUAUAAGCUUUAGUUUCCAUUUAGCAGCAUUUGCAAAAAGAUUUUCUAACUGUAAUUGAGUGUUAUAGGAGUCCUCAUAGUGUGCUGCUACAAAGCUGCAUGAGCAAAUGAUAAGUGACCAAAAAAAAAAAAAGAGAGAGAGACUGCACCAAUUUGCCAAGCUGGAAAAAUAAAUAGACGUCGGUUUCUUUGGCACCCCCGUGUAAAUAAUGGUUUCAGCCUGGCCUCCCCUGUAAAACUCGCCUGGCUCUGCCGCUGCAUUAACACGUCAUCUUUAACAACCUUUAACUGCUUUUUACACCUUGUUCAGUCAUUUUUAAUAAGAAAUUAAAAAAAAAAAUACAUAUAGACUUGAAAGUAACAAACUGUUAGCUGCAGUAAUGCUGGUUUAACUUGUGUAAAAAUCAUCUCAGUUUUGAUGAAGCUUGACUUUUAUUACUCCCUGGAAGCUAUGCAAUGUGCAGGUAGCAUCGGUCUCUGAGAGAAUGUAAACGUUCACCGCCGCGUCUCGAAUCCAAAGAUUGCUUUGCAGCGGUGAACAGCAAUACGAAUAUAUGCAUUUUUACACGUUUUUGUAUUUUCAUAUUUAUUCUCGUAGCAUGAGCUCUGUUUAUUCAUGUUUAUCUUACCGCUUGUUUUAGACGGUUACCUGCAUACUGUGGUUUACGUGCUCAUUUGUCAGCGCUCGCACACUCGUUCCAGUUUUCUAUGUAUUUAUGAGUCUUAAUCUCUGUAACUGAGGAGCACGAGACAAGCCAUACUGAAAUGUUUCGGAGGAUGCAGUUAUUCUCAAUCAGUAACUCAUAACUCUCCUUU